AUGUGUAAGUGUGCCAAACAAGGCGAGCAACUCGAUUGCCGGAUUUCAGCGAUCGCCGAAUUCCAGCGCUAUCACGACGAGAUCGAGGCGUUGAUCAAAUCGAAAAAUUUCGACGAGUACGUCCGCCGAUUCACCGCCAAUGAUUGUGUGCUGCUCGGACCGUUUGAUGCGCCGAAAUCGGCACAAGAAUGGGCCGAGCUCAUGAAGGCCGACAGCAGCGAGAGCACCGACAUUCGGAUCAGCGUCGACGACGUCAAACAGAUUGGCGACAUUGUUGUCGACCGCGUCAGCUAUGAGGUUCGCUCGGAGACGGGCGCGUUGGCGGGAUGGAUAUUGAAUGUUUGGGUCCAGGAAGACGGAGCAUGGAAGAUUCGGAACGCGUGCACCACUAUUAAAUGCGAAUCCGAAUAA